AUGUUGCACCUUCGACAUCAUCUCCUGUCCUCCAUCCGCGCGGCAUUCCCUCGCCACCACUGCCUCUUCUCUACCGCCACUUCUCCCGCCCGAUUCGUCGCUGAGGAAUACCUGGUCACCACCUGCGGGCUCACCCCAGCGCAAUCGGGCAGGGGCUCACCCACCUCAAGUCUCCAGUCAAACCCGACGCCGCCCUCGCCUUUCUCACAGGCGUCGGCCUCGCCAAAGACGACAUCGCCGCCGGAAUCGCCAGAGUUCGCAAUGCUGAUAUGCAUGAAGCCCGAGGAUGUCAGGGAAAGGGUGGCAUGUGCUGAGAAGCUUGGUGUGCCACGCAAUACAGGGAUGUUCAAGAUGGCCCUGUGGGCUGUCUGUUGCGUUGGUCCCAACUCCAUUGGUGCAAAAAUGGAUGUCAUGAAGGCGACUCUUGGAUGCUCCGAGGCGGAGCUGGCCCUUAUGGUGUGCAAGUCACCCCAAAUUAUGAGGAUAUCAGAAGGCAAGCUGAGUCGCACAGUGAAGUUUCUGAAGAUUCUGAAGGCGAAGGGGCUUGUGAAGGAAGACAUUGACUUUUAUAAUACUGUUUGUUUAAUUGAGAAGAGAUUUGUCCAGAAGUUUAUUGAUCCUUACAACAAGAGUAUUGCAGGGCUUGCAGAUGCUUAUGCUACUGCUUGUGCUGGGAAAAUGCCUCAUGAAGAUGAGGUGCAUUCGCAGCAGCAUGCUAGGGAUACUGAAAAGCAAAGGCAAAGAUAG